CUCGCGACUCUGUCCACUCACCGUCCCACAGGGAAAGAAAUAUUCUCGCUCCCAAUUCGAAUACCGGCGAAGAACUUUUUCCCACCGUUUUCUCCGGAAAAUCCUUUCGCAUUUCCCCGGUUCGUCUUCCCCGGCCUUCGAUCCGCUCGGCGAUGGAGUCCCUAGGCAAGCCGAAGAAGGGCGCCGGAGGCAGGAAGGGAGGCGGCCCGAAGAAGAAGCCCGUCUCCCGCUCCGUCAAGGCCGGCCUCCAGUUCCCGGUCGGCCGUAUCGGGAGGUACCUGAAGAAGGGCCGCUACUCCCAGCGCGUCGGCACCGGGGCCCCGGUCUACCUCGCCGCCGUCCUCGAGUACCUCGCCGCUGAGGUUCUGGAGCUCGCGGGGAAUGCGGCGAGGGACAACAAGAAGAACAGGAUCAUCCCGAGGCACGUGCUGUUGGCGGUGAGGAACGACGAGGAGCUCGGGAAGCUGCUCGCCGGAGUGACGAUCGCGCACGGAGGCGUGCUCCCCAACAUCAACCCGGUCCUCCUGCCGAAGAAGACGGAGAAGGCGACCAAGGAGCCCAAGUCUCCGUCCAAAGCCACCAAAUCACCAAAGAAGGCUUAGGCUUUGAUGUUAGGGUCUAGGGUCGAGAACUUCUGGUUCUUAUAGUUUGAAUGUCUGCCGAUCUCUCUCUCUCUCUCUCUCUCUCUCUCUCUCUCUCACUCCAUGUAUGUACUGCUUUGUCUUGAAGCAAAUCGAGUUGUUCAUGUAGGUGCUGGUUUGUUAGAUUCUUACCUGGUGAUUUGUGCUUUGACUCUUGUGCUUCAAUGAAAUGAGAUGGCGAAAUUUGACAUGUUUUGGCCGAAAAA